AUGGACCGCUUGCGAAGUCAAAGCGAAGGCAAGGACACGACGCUUCGGAUCGCGAGAGGCAGCGGCAUCGGAGGUCUCUUCACGAAGGUUUCGACGGCGAAGAAAGACGCGCUUGUCGCGGCGUUGGUGUCACGCAACAAGUACGUCGAGGACGACCUGGGGGAGCAGCCGCAAUGGCGCACGAUGAUGGCAACUACCCCGGAAGGCGCGCGCAAAAAACGCGAGCGAGAGGCAGUCACAACGUCGUCGUCUGCGGCGAAGGACGCCACUCCGAAGUUCAUGAAAGAGGACCAGGUCCGACUGGCAAUUAUCAUGAUGGGCGGAACCAUGAUUGAAAACACACUCGCAUCCGAGCAGAGCCCGGAGUCGGUAGCAGACUUCACACACCAGAAGGGAGCAGGCAAGAACGUGUACCGGGAAGCCGCGCGCGCCUUCAUGGAGUCGAGCACCAACAUCGAACUCCUGGCGGAGAUCUCUACCGCCCACGGGGACCCGGCGGACCUCGUCGAAAAGUGGCAGAGCAUCGACGCCAAGGCGCCGGCGGCCAAGUAUCCUGCUAUCUGGACCGCAGCGGCGAAGGCGACGAACGAGAGGAACAGGGUGGAAGCUGAGGGGGGGACGAAAGGGAAAGGGAAGGCGAAGGACACGGGCGGGGAAGAGGCUGCGAUGACCGGGAGCACGAAACCUGGGAGUGAUGGGAGGGGCGGCGGCAGCAGCGGCAGCGACAGGGGGGGUGCGAGCAACGGCAGCAAGCAAACUCCCAAGAUGCCGAACUGGAACUACCGGGCCAAGCAAGAAGAGGAGGACAAAACUGGUGGCGGGGGCACACAGCAAGACGACGACGACAACGACCACGAGUACAGUAGCGAUGACAGCACGGGCGGCGGUCGCGGCGACGACGAGAGCAACUCCCAUGCAUGGACGUACUGCGAGGGGAAAGUGGUGAACUACGUCGUGCACCUGCUCAUCGAAAGCGGUGGCGGUUUUGUUGGCGACAUGAAGGACUACUUUUCGGCAACGCUCGACGACGACAUGUGUCUAGACACGCUGGCCAUAGACGUUGAUUCGGAUUUGGGGAUGGACUCUAUGCACGAGGCAUUUGCGGGGGGCGGGGGGUCAGCCGGCGAAAACCAUGCAGAGGCGGCGCGCAAAAAACGUAAGAGCAGGGACAGGAGAACCUCGAGGGAGGAGGAGAGCGACAGCACUUUUUUGAAGGGGAUGGAAAACUUUUUGAAGGCGAGUGGGCCGAAGCAAUCACUCGACAAGCUUGGAAAGACCCUGGCAUCCCUAAAGCUUAUGCUAAAGGAAGUCAAAGAAGAAAAUGUGGACGCCGACACGAUAGAAAUUUACGAAAAAGCCAUCAAGAAAGCGAAGAAAGAAUUUCAAGAAGCGAUAGAUGCUUAG